AUUCCUUCAAUUUCAUUGACAUUAAGAUGGUUUCCAUUUCCUCUCUUUGCGUGGUGUUGAUUUUGUCAGUAGCCUUUGUUAGACACGUGGACAGUUCUUUCUCAGCGGGGGGAUCUGUGUAUACUCGCUGGGGUCACAAUAGUUGUCCCAGAAGUGCCAGAAAAAUUUACUCAGGUUUUGCUGGCGGAUCCCUUUAUUCCCAUUCUGGGGCUGCAGUGGAGCCCCUCUGUUUACCUAAACGCCCACAGUGGAGACGCCAUAACGGAAGAACAGAUGCCCCAAGAGGAUUUAUCUACGGAGCUGAAUACGAAUUUUAUCAUGGUUUCAUCUAUUCUCAUCUUCACGACCAAGAUGUGCCAUGUGCUGUCUGUCAGACUCGCAGAGGGAAAGACGUAAUGGUUAUUCCAGCGAGAACUUCCUGUUUUCGCGGAUGGAGAAAGGAGUACUCUGGCUACCUGAUGUCUGGUAGAUACAAUCACCAGGCGGCCACCACCUACUCCUGUGUGGAUCAGAACCCCCGGGCCGCAGUGGCGGGACACCAGAACCACAACGGGUACCUGUUCUACCUGGUGGAGGCCCGCUGUGGUAGCCUGAAGUGUCCGCCGUACUAUAACGGAUGGGAAAUCACCUGUGUCGUGUGUUCCAAAAAAUAACACACUUUAUCUUUGAAAUAAAAUAUAUCCAUCAACCAUU